UUCUAUCUGAAUUCUAAUCAUAAUGUAAUACUUUGAAGGUGAUGAUACCUGCGAGUAUCUUCUGUCCAGCGGGAGAUUUCUUGGAGACAAAGUAUGGCAGCCCCACAGUUGUAUGAUGCACAAGUACAAAAACAGUGAAGCAAAAAAUUGCCUCAUAGACAAACAUAUUGCAUUUAUAGGAGAUUCUAGAAUUCGACAGCUGUUUUACUCAUUUAUAAAACUCAUAAAUCCUCAAGUUAAGGAAGAAGGAAAUAAGCAUGGAAAUAUACCUUUUGAAGAUAAAUCUGCUUCAAUUAAAGUGGAUUUCCUGUGGUAUCCAGAAGUUAAUGGCUCUAUGAGACAACGUAUCAAAUCUUGGACUGAGGCUGCCACGGCAAAACCUCAUAUAAUUGUAGCGGGAGCAGCCACGUGGUCUAUCAAGAUUCACAAUGGCAGCAACGAAGCCCUCACACAGUAUAAAAUCAAUAUCACUUCAAUUGCACCUCUUUUGGAAAAAUUAGCAAAAAGUAGUGAUGUUUACUGGGUCUUACAAGAUCCUGUUUAUGAAGAUAUGCUGAGUGAAAGUCGUAAAAUGAUCACUAAUGAGAAAAUAGAUGCUUAUAAUGAAGCAGCUGUUCGUAUUCUGAACAGCAGCUCCCGAAAUUCCAAAGCUAAGGUUAAAGUGUUCAGCGUGUCAAAGUUGAUAGCUCGAGAAACUAUCAUGAAAUCUUCAGAUGGCCUCCACCUCCCUGAAUCAAGCAGAGAAACAAAUGCAAUGAUUCUCAUGAAUGUCUACUGCAAUAAGAUCUUGAAGCCCAUCGAUGGCUCCUGCUGCCAGCCUCGGCCGCCUCUCACGCUCAUUCAGAAGUUAGCUUUCUGUUUCUUUACUUUGUCCUUCAUUGGGUAUUUAAUUAUCAAUUUAAUUCAUCGAAAUAAUUACCGGAAGAACAAACCAUGCACUGACUUGGAAAAUGGAGAAGAAAAGAAACCUGCCGUCAGUACUCCUGCUGUUUCCACUCUGGAGAUGCUGUUACACUCCUUCUGCAAACUUGGUCUAAUCAUGACCUAUUUUUAUCUGUGCGACAGAGCAAAUCUUUUCAUGAAGGAAAAUAAGUUUUAUACACAUUCAUCUUUCUUCAUACCAAUCAUCUAUAUCUUGGUUUUGGGGGUAUUUUAUACCGAAAAUACCAAAGAGACUAAAGUGUUAAAUAGAGAACAGACUGAUGAAUGGAAAGGCUGGAUGCAGCUUGUUAUUUUGAUUUAUCAUAUCUCUGGAGCAAGCACGUUUUUGCCAGUGUACAUGCACAUUCGAGUUCUUGUUGCUGCAUAUCUGUUCCAAACAGGUUAUGGGCACUUCUCGUAUUUUUGGAUAAAGGGGGACUUUGGUGUGUACAGAGUGUGUCAGGUUUUAUUUCGUCUCAAUUUCUUGGUUGUGGUACUGUGUAUAGUGAUGGACCGGCCUUACCAAUUCUACUACUUCGUGCCAUUAGUCACUGUCUGGUUUGUGAUCAUUUAUGUCACCUUAGCUAUAUGGCCUCAGAUCGUCCAGAAGAAAGCAAAUGGGAACUGCUUCUGGCACUUUGGUUUGCUGCUGAAACUGAUUUCCCUGCUCGCGUGUAUAUUUUUUCUAUCCUAUUCUCAGGGUGCAUUUGAGAAGAUAUUUUCCUUUUGGCCACUGUCCAAGUGUUUCGAACUGAACGGGAAUGUCUAUGAGUGGUGGUUUAGGUGGAAGCUAGAUCGCUAUGUGGUCUUUCAUGGGAUGCUGUUUGCUUUUAUUUAUCUGGCAUUGCAGAAACGACAGGUUCUUUCAGAAGGGAAGGGGGAUCCUCUUUUCUCCACCAGAGUUUCAAAUGUUUUACUAUUUAUUUCAGUUGCAUGCUUUUUGACCUACUCUGUUUGGGCUAGUAGCUGUAAGAAUAAAACAGACUGCAAUGAGCUGCAUCCCUCUGUUUCUGUUGUGCAGAUUUUGGCUUUCGUCCUCAUCAGGAACAUUCCUGGAUACGUCCGCUCUGUCUACAGCUCCUUCUUUGCCUGGUUUGGCAAAAUUUCUUUAGAGCUCUUCAUCUGCCAGUACCACAUCUGGCUGGCAGCAGACACCAAGGGGAUCCUGGUGCUUAUCCCGGGAUAUCCGAUGCUCAACGUUAUGGUCAGCACUUUCAUAUUCGUGUGUGUGGCACAUGAGAUUUCCCAGAUCACUAACGAUCUGGCACAGAUCGUUGUUCCUAAAGAUAACCCCACUCUCCUGAAAAGGUUGCUCUGCAUGGCUGGGUUUUUUUCUGGACUGCUGCUCUUCUCAGCCAUUCAAGAUCAGUCGAGGCAUUAACUUAACAAUGUUCUGGCAAACUUUCUUCAGGUUUACUUUGUGUCUGCCUGAAAA